AUGACUGAUGUGGCUCCUAUGGAGAUCCGUGUCUUCUCCGGCUUGGUGAACAAGGUGAGAGUGGUGGAAGGUUGUGGGUUGCCUGGCCACAUUGCGAGGGAUUACACUCGUGGGAGGAACCAGAAUGUGGGCCAAAGUCAGCAUCAAGGUCGAGUCUUUGCUGUGAAUCCCAAGGAUGCUUCUAAGGCGGAUCCGUUGAUGAGAGGUAUUUGUUUAAUUGGUGAUAAGACUAUAGUUGCAUUGUAUGAUACUAGAGCAUCGUAUUCGUUUAUUUCGUUUGCUAAGGUUGAGGAACUAGGCUUGAAAGUGUCAGAGUUAGCAUUUGAUCUGCUUGUACAUACUCCGCAUCAGAUGGUUAUGACUAGGUCAGGGUGUAGGCAAGUAGGUUUCAAGCUUGAGGGUAGAGACUUUGUGCAUGACUUGAUCUGUUUGCCAAUGAUUGGAUUGGAAAUGAUUUUGGGUGAGGAGGAGUGUCAGGGUUAUAUCCUGUUGGCUGCUAAUGCGUUGGGUGAUGCUCAGAACUUGGAUCAAAUUCCGGUAGUUAGAGACUUUUCGGAGGUAUUCCCGGAAGAUAUCCCGAAAUUCCCACCUCAAAGGGAGAUUGAGUUUACGAUUGAAUUGGUGCCGGGAGCUGGACCA